AUGUCCAGUCCUCGCAAGCGAGCCACGGCAAAGAAGGCGGAGGAGCUCAGGGAAGAGGUCGAGGAGCAUGUCUCGACUGCCAAUGGCUCCAACGGCGCUGCUAACGGCGCUGUCAACGGUGCUGCUGCUGCGAAUGGCCACAGUGAGAAGAAAGCCGAAGCAGAGCAGACUACGGAAGACCACAAGAUCACCGACCACAUCGAGUUUGGCGGGACUCCAGGCGUGACGGCGAUGAUGAUAGGAUUCCCUGCGCUGAUGUACUACAUGUGGAUUGGAGCAACUUACUACGACGGCGCAUUCCCAACUCCCUCAGAGGGCCAGUCCAUGCCCGACUUCCUGCAACACCUCCUUAACCUGGUAUAUACCGGCGCAUUCCCAUCGCUCAAGGCAUGGACGAUCUACUGGGGGUUUUUCAUCUUCGAGGCCCUCGCAUACAUGUAUCUGCCCGGAAUCACCGUCAAGGGCAGACCAUUGGAUCACCUGGGAGGAAAGCAGUUGACCUAUUACUGCUCGGCUGUUUCGUCCUUUUAUACUACUAUCGUUCUGGCGGUUAUCCUUCAUGUCACCGGAGUGUUCAAGCUGUAUACCAUCAUGGAUGAGUUUGGUCCGAUCAUGAGCGUAGCCAUCAUCACCGGCUUCGUCAUCUCUAUCAUUGCUUAUUUCUCUGCCAUUGCCCGCGGUGCUCAGCAUCGCGUGACCGGUUACCCUAUUUACGACUUCUUCAUGGGCGCAGAAUUGAACCCGAGACUUUUUGGGAUCUUGGACUUCAAGAUGUUCUUCGAGGUCCGGCUGCCAUGGUACAUCCUUUUGCUUGUGUCCAUGGGUGCUGCUGCCAGACAGUAUGAGCUCUACGGAUACGUCUCUGGAGAAGUAGGCUUCAUCCUCAUGGCACACUUUUUGUAUGCCAACGCAUGCUCAAAGGGAGAGGAGUUGAUCAUCCCUACUUGGGACAUUUACUAUGAAAAAUGGGGUUUCAUGCUUAUCUUCUGGAACUUGGCUGGUGUUCCGCUCAGCUACUGUCAUUGCACUGUCUUCCUGGCCAACCGUCAUCCUUCAACCUAUGCCUGGAACAAAUACGCCCUUGCCUUCCUCUACAUCGCCUACCUUUUCGUCUACUGGGUCUGGGACACCACCAACAGCCAGAAAAAUAGAUUCCGCCAGGAGUCCCGUGGCCUCGCUGUGAUCAGAAACACCUUCCCGCAGCUCCCAUGGCAGACCGUCAAGAACCCAAAGACAAUUACCUCCAAGAAAGGGGACACCAUCCUUGCCGAUGGCUGGUACGGAUAUGCCCGAAAAAUCCACUACACUUGUGAUCUCUACUUCGCCAUCAACUGGGGCUUGAUUACUGGAUUCACCAGCCCAUUCCCUUGGUUCUACCCCGUCUUCUUCGCCGCCAUGAUCACCCAUCGUGCUACCCGAGAUAUCCAGCGAUGCCGUGCCAAGUAUGGAGAGGCAUGGACAGAGUAUGAGAAGCAGGUCCCUUAUCUUUUCAUCCCCGUAAGUCCACCAACCGCAUCUUUUAUGACUGGCUUACACCAAACUAACCUGUUUUAUUCCAGUACGUAA